AUGGGAGGAGGGGGAAGAGGAGGGGGAGGAGGGAGAAGGGAGGGGAGUGAGACAGGGACGGCAGCUACAGGGACGGAAACAGCUGCUGCAGCAGAAGCGUUUGCGGGGCUGCAAUUUAGAGUACCAGGGGGGGGCGUGGGAGUGGGAGGAGGGGAUGAUGGAACUUCUGGUUCUGAUGCUGCUGCUGCCCCUGCUGCUACUGGUUCGGAUGCCAAGGAUGCUGACCUGGAAAGGGGCCCUGCUGACGUGGCUGGCAUGGGCAACAGUGUGUCUGCCAGGGAUGCUGACGUGGACAGGAAGGGCAGUGCGCGGAAACAGGAGGGAGAGGGAGGGAAGGGAGAGGGUGUGAAGGGAGAGGCUGGGAGGGAUGGAAGUGGGAAGGAAGGAAGUAGGAAGGGAGAAGGUGGGGUGGGAGAAGGAGGGGUGGGAGAAGGUGGGGUGGGAGAAGGUGGGGUGGGAGAAGGUGGGGAGGGAAGUGAGGUCAAGGGUGAGGCGCAGGGGCAGGAGAGGGGGGGGUCAGUUGGAGGACGGAAGGAUGCAGAGAGGCGGGGUGAUGGAGGAAGGGAGGAAGGAGGGGUUAGCAAGGCAGAGGAAGGAGGAGGAAAGGAAACCGGUGGCAGUGGUAGUGGUGGUGAUGGUGGCGGUGGAGGUGGCAGCGGCAUGCUGCAUGUGUUCAGGGUGGAUCCAGCUCAUGCAAAGCUGUACUGCCAGUGCCUGUCCCUCCUGGGCAAGCUCUUUCUGGAGCACAAGCCGCGGGUGUACACCGUUGAGGGUCACACCUUCUACGUUCUCACAAGGGGUUCUGACACUUGGCACACUCUCAUUGGCUACUUUGCCAUUGAGUCUUCCCCUCCUGCCAGCCCACCACCCAAGCAUGACUCUCUAGCAGCUGGCACUGAGACGGUCGAUCCACACAGGCUCGAAGCAAAGGCAGAGGCGGCACCUAAUGCGGCUCAAAAGCUGGGUAGUUCACACAGGGUGGAAGUUGAGGCGACUCUUGAGGUAAUGCAGAAGCCGGCCGAACCACACAGGCGUGAAGCAGAGGAAAAAGCGACGCCUAAGGCUCCUCAAGGGCCAAGUGAUUCACACAGGCGGGAUGAGACGUGCACAACAGCAGCCAACACAGCAGGGGACACAGGAGGAGGGUUGGCGGCGGCACAGCCAUUGCCACAUGAGGCACUUCACAGCUCGCCAUCGCCAUUGCCACCAUCGCCAACACCACCCGCGGAGGUGCACCUCUCCAGUGUCGUUGUGCUGCCUCCCUUCCAGCGACGGGGGUUUGGCCGAUGGCUCCUCUCAGUCGCCUAUGACAUGACAGCAGCCCGUCAGCAGCUUCUGGUGCCCAAGCCCCCCCUCUCUGACCUGGGCACUGUGAGUGCAUGGGGGGCUGCUGGGGUGGGUUGGGAAGUCCGAGAGUUCCUGAGUUGCCAGUCCCCACCUACCCCACUCCCCACCGUCCCCUCUCCCAACCGCCCCCACUCCCCACCCUACCUCUCCCACUUCCCCAAUCCUAACCUCCCCCUCUCUCCACCUUCCCCAAACCUAACCUCCCCCCACUCUCCACCUUCCCCAAUCCUAACCUCCCCCACACCGCUUCAGGUGGCCCUCAGAACUACUGGCUCUGGCAGCUGUUGUUGGCAGCUGCCUCAAGUAUCCCCCCUCCUCCUUCCCCUAACCCCCCCACUUCCUCCCACUGUUCUCCCCUGUACCAUGCCCACCCGCCCACUCCCCCUCUCCCUUCCAGGUGGCCUUCAGUAG